CUGUGGUCAGUGGGGGCCGUGGCCCGUGGCGGGAGAGUCGGGGAGACACCCUUCAGCCUAAGUAGUGUCAAUGGGCAGGACUCCUGGAGUCAUGCCGUGAAGACCCCGAAACGCAAUCCACGGUUAAAACGGGUUGCCCACGAUCUUCACUGUCUUGCUCGCCGUUUACUAUAGGUCGCUCACUGCUCAGCGCUCAGUGCUCAGCUCAGCUCGGAAUUGUUGCGAGAAUUAGUGGAUGCCGUCCCGAUCUGCAAUCUUCACUUUCAAAAAUCCAGGUCUUCAAAGCUGCAAAAAAAUCUGAUCUGACAUUUCCUACCCGCUUCGUGUUUCACCCACCCGGCAACUAGAAUCAUGCAUGUACAGACAUCCGGAUCAAAGGUCAACAUGCUUGCUGAAGAUGACUUCGGAAUUGUCUAUCUUAUAGAGAAUGCUCAACAGUUUUGGUCAGAGCUUGAUGAUGUCCUUCGAGUUCCCAGCGACGGAUCUGCCACGUUAUCCAUGUUAGACACCGCACUCAGGAGGUUUGUGUCCCUCUGUGCUUCUUAUCACGAACAGUUCCUCCAAAGUCCGAUGCAACUGGAACAUGCAUGCAGUCUUCUGCUCGACUCCGAGUUGUUCGUGUUUCACUCUGAACGGAUGUGCGAGUUGGCUAUCGAAGAUGUCGAGUCUAAAACAGAUCCUCACUCACAACUCAUUCUAUACAGCGUACUAUUGUUCCACGGUCGCCGUCAAUCGAACUUUAUUCGCUCUCAUAAGCAUUGGCAACCACUAAUACCGCUUCUCAUGGAUCACGUUUUAGUGGAAAUAAACCUAGAUACAGAGGACGUCUAUCUUGGGGCACCCUCCAUAUCAAGUAGUUCCGGUUCGCGCUCCAGCAUGGUGGUUGGCCACAUACCUAUAGAAGCGAAGUUAAGGAGUCUGAGUCUGAGGCUACUCUAUGAAGUGUGCAGGGUUCAAAAACUGUCUUUACAUGAUCUGAAUGUUUUCAACGAUCAGUUUCUCGACAAUUUGUUUGAGCUUAUAGAGCAGACUCGAUUUAUGCCCGAUGAAACUCUGAAUUACUCCGUGAUUAAAUUGAUCGUUGCAUUGAAUGAGCAAUUCAUGGUAGCCUGUUUAAGCAAUAAUCAACAACCUGGAGCUAAGGAGCCAGAAUUGCAAAAUCGAGUUCUUACCGUCCUGAUAUCUCGUCUCGGAUCUAGCAAGACUUUUGGUGAAAACAUGAUAUUCAUGCUCAAUCGUGCCUCACGAUCUGCUGAAGACCUGUGUAUGCAACUUCUGGUGCUCAAGCUUCUUUACAUUCUUUUCACCAACAAGGCAACGUCAGAAUAUUUUUACACAAACGAUCUAUGUGUCCUUGUGGAUGUCUUCCUACGCGAACUGGUUGACCUUGAUGAGGAGAGUGAAUCUCUUCGACAUACCUAUCUCCGUGUUAUGCAUCCACUGCUCACGAAGACGCAAAUGCGGGAUGUGCCAUAUAAACGUCCUCAAAUUGUUCUUGCCCUCGAAUCCCUUAUUCAAAAUGGAAAUAUCCGAGACAUCAACCCCACAACGAAACGUUUGGUCGAACGAUGUCUCGGAGGGGAGUGGUGUAUGCAGUUGCGAAGGACGUCACACGAUAAAGAGACACUCAAGCGUCAAGGGGAUUUUCGACACAGCAGCCCAAGUCACGACAUCAUUGCGUCCACGAGGCAAGACACUGUGUCCUCUCGAGCACCAACGUCCCCAGACGUGGAGCAUGACUCUGCUUCCAAGGCGCUGAGCUCGAAGCCGAAGGUUAUAAAGCACUGUAGAAGUGUUGAAAGCGUACACAAUCCUACAUCUCCGCGACUACCCCCUCCACGAUCGGUAAAAACCACAUACAUGCGUUCUAGCCCAGACAGCGUAACGAGUUUAGCGGCUGCAACCAUUGCUGCAUCUAGACGACGAGAGAAAGCUAGUUCUGCUGACGAUGUCACUAGUGCCGUCGCACUCCAUCCAGAGAAGGGCGUUCUCGUGCAACAACCUAGACCGCCUUCGUCUAGUUCUUUGAACCUUCCUACAGUCAAUCACAAGGUUCGAAGGCCGGCACCUGCUCCGCCCAAGAGAAGAAAGCCUCCUCCAGUGCCUGUUGGAACAACCAAUAGCGGCGCUACAAUCACAGCCAUCGCGACCUCUGCUUCUACUCCUGCCCUUGGUCAAUUAGGGAGGAGCAACAAACUGGCGUGCCGCCAGCUGUAAUUCAGAAACCAUCGGUGUGUAUCAGUGCUCGUCUGUAUGAGCCUUCCUCUACAUCUAGGUUUGGCUACUUCACUAGGAGUUUUGGAACUCUGCUUUACCUAUCCUCAUUCGCAAACAUCGUCUCGUGCAUUGAACAUUCGCAUUUGGAUCCUCCAUCUCAUAGUUAGGACACUCACAUUGGAUACAAAAUGUACAGCUUCUUCACAACACUCUUCGUUUAUCACGUUCCAGUAUUUAUCUCAUUUGAUUUGAUUGUGUUCUGGUAUUCAAUUUCUAUUUUUUUUUUGUUUCUUGCACUCUCCCAACGUCCAAUUUCAAACUAUCCCAUCCAAUUUUCUUGAAGUUGG